CUAACAUGGCCCAGGCCGCGCGGAUGCUGUGGUCCGGCGUGCGCUCGGUGGCCUGGAGGCUGGGUGGUCGCCCGUGGCCCGGGCUCCCCGAGAGUGGCCGGGCCGGCUUCGCCGGGACAGCUGGAGGCCCGGGCCCGGCCGCCACAACUCUUAAGGGGAGCCCGCGGCUCCUGGGGGCGGCGGCGCUGGCCCUGGGGGGCGCCUUGGGGCUGUACCAGACGGCUCGGUGGCACCUGCGUGCCCAGGACCUGCGCGCCGAGCACUCGGCCGUGCAGCUCUCCCUGUCCAGCAGACUGCAGCUGACCCUGUACCAGUACAAAACAUGUCCCUUCUGCAGCAAAGUCCGCGCCUUCCUCGACUUCCACGCACUGCCCUACCAGGUGGUGGAGGUGAACCCAGUGCGCCGGGCAGAGAUCAAGUUCUCCUCCUACAGAAAGGUGCCCAUCUUGUUGGCCCAAGAAGGAGAGAGCUUGCAACAGCUGAACGACUCCUCCGUCAUCAUCAGCGCCCUCAAGACCUACCUGGUGUCAGGGCAGCCCCUGGAAGACGUGGUCACCUACUACCCGCCCAUGAAGGCCGUGAACGAGCAGGGCCGGGAGGUGACAGAGUUCUGCAACAAGUACUGGCUCAUGCUGGACGAGACGGAGGCCCAGCGCCUGUACGGGGGCAAGGACGCGAGGACGGAGGAGAUGAAGUGGCGGCAGUGGGCGGACGACUGGCUGGUGCACCUGAUCUCCCCCAACGUCUACCGCACGCCCGCCGAGGCGCUGGCCUCCUUCGACUACAUCGUCAAGGAGGGCAGGUUCGGGGCCGUGGAGGGCGCUGUGGCCAAGUACGUGGGCGCUGCUGCCAUGUACAUCAUCAGCAAGCGGCUCAAGAGCAGGCACCACCUUCAGGAUGACGUGCGUGAGGACCUCUAUGAGGCCGCCGACAAGUGGGUGGCAGCGGUGGGCAAAGACCGGCCCUUCAUGGGGGGCCAGAAGCCGAACCUGGCUGACCUGGCCGUGUACGGGGUGCUGCGCGUGAUGGAGGGCCUGGAGGCCUUCGACGACCUGAUGCGCCACAGCCGCAUCCAGCCCUGGUACCUGCGGGUGGCGAAGGCCAUCGCUGAGGCCCCCCAGUGAGCGGGUGGUGGACGAUGCGGGCUUCCCAGGACCUGAGCCCAGGCCUGCCCCGCGCCGUGCGGGCAGGAGCGCGCUGCCUCUGCCCCGAGCCGGGGGCCCUGCUGGAUCGCUUGGGCCAAGGCCAGGCUUACUCAUUGCAGCUCACCGUCCCCCAAGGGGCGCGGGGUGCCCGCCUCCUGCCCUGCCCCCAUCCAGGGACUGCCCCACUCCCGCUGGGCCUCUGCCCUCCAGCCACUCUGCGACUCUGGCUGCCCCAGAGAUCCUCUGUGGUUGGGAAUCGCGUCGGACUCCUGCGCGGGACCAGGAAAGGAGGGACAGUGGGCUUGGGGGGCCUGCCCUUCCCAGGCGCCCUGGAGCUGUGUGUUUGUUGGCAAUAAAGCAGUGCCACCCCUGUGGGGGCGCCGUGCGACCCGAGGUCACUGGGAGCCGGGGCAA